AUGGCAGGAGAUACAGCGGUAGGCGCAUCCUACUCUACCCCCGUGGCGGCGAUUUUCAUCUACAACCUCAUCGUUGGCGUCGGCUGCCUGACUCUUCCUCAUGCCUUUCAAGCGGCUGGAAUCGUCCUGUCUGCCGUGUUCCUCCUGUUUAUGGCCUUUUUGAGCUUUAUGACGGCAACCUGGGUGGUUGAAACCAUGGCGGCCGCCAACGCGCUCCUGGAAAAGGACCGACUGGUAACCUCUACUGACCGAGAGAAGCAAUCGCUUGUGGAUAAGGAUGAUGAAAAAGCUGGUCUGCUCGACGACGGGGAUUCCUUCCGAGUGCAGGACUCGGACACUGACAUCACUAUCACGGGAAGCGUUAACCAAUACAAGCUGAGCAGCGAGUAUUCGUUUUCGACCAACGCUCUUCAGCACGACCAGAUCCGCGUGAGGGACGUCCACGACUUCUUCCACCUGGAUCAGCGAGUCGAAGUGGGCAUGAUGGCCGAUAUCUUCCUCGGCUGGAUUGGCCAAAAGUUGUUCUACGUCAUUCUCUGCGUCUACCUGUUUGGUGAUCUGGCCAUCUAUGCCGUUUACGUUCCUCGAUCCCUCGUCACCGUGACGGGCAGCUUCUCGUUGGGCGAUUGGCACAUCAGCGAACAGGAUGCCUACUACAUCUUCCUCGCACUCUUCACGCUGGGCACUGCGCCCUUCUGCUUCUUCGACUUUCAGAAGACCAAGUACAUGCAGUUCGGCACCAUGUUCUGCCGCAACGCCGCCUUCGCUACGUUCGUCACCUCGUCCACACCUACCAUGGUGGUCAUCGCCAUCAUCGCCAUCGCCAAGGGAGAUGGACCCACCGUGAGCAAGAUCGAAAUCGCCAACUUCAGCUUACGUGAGCACCAUUUGGACAGCAUUCCCGGUCUGCUGGCACCCGUGGAGAAGAAGAACAAGGUAACGACGCUGUUCACCGUAGAUUUUGUGUCUAUCUUCAUUGCCUACAUUCUCCUGGCCUACUCCGCCGUCUUCGCCUACGAUCAGUAUCCGAUUCCCUCUACCUACACCACCUUCUUCAGGGGCAAGACCAAUGAGGUGGUGGCGAUCAUCCUGGCCCUGUACCCCGUCUUCACGUUGACGACCAACUUUCCUCUCAUUUGCAUCACCCUCCGCAACAACAUCAUCCGCUUCGACGGCGCGUGGGCGUGGGUGAACCGGGUGAAGCGUCCGCUGAGCACCAUCGUCGCCCUCACCCCGGCGAUCAUAAUCGCCUUUGGCACCUGCGAUGUGUCUCUGCUGGUCUCCAUCACGGGCUCCUACCCCGGUCUAGGCAUCAUGUUCUUCAUCCCCAUCGUACUCGUCUUCUUCGCGCGACGACGAGUGAGGCAAGUGUUCGGCGAGAGCGGGUCGUACAACAAGCACCGAUCGCCGUUCCACCACUGGGUGUGGUUGGCCCUGGUGGCAGCCAUCGCGUGCGGCUUCCUGGGCUUCACCAUCUACAACAUGAUCCGCGACGCCAUCGACGGCCAGCUCGCCAGCGGCAGCGGAUCCUGCUCUGGCUAA